GUGCACCACCAUAUGAUUAUAUGGGUUUGUUCGUGUCGGAUGUCGUGUUUGAUUGCUGCUAGAGCGCCGCCUAAGAUGAUCGAAAGCGUGGUGUAUUGAUCUGUAUGUAAUUACUUGCUGCAAAAGAAAAAUGCACCAAGCAGAUAAUAUAGUAGACCCCUCACGUAACUCUAGUAAAUAAGAACAUGUUGCAAUAACAGAUAUGUUGCACUUAUUAUUUGCAUAUAUGUUGAGAAAAAAUUAAUACAAAACUCAAUCCAUUUAUAAUUGAAAACCUUGCACAGCUUAUGUGUAUUUGAGAUAUGAUUUAUGAAUUCCAUGGUAUUUAAUAAUUUAAAAUAAAUAAUAUUCAAGUGAAUAAAUUAAAACCAAACAACACGUUGGGCUCUGUAAUUACAGGACAUCUCCACUGAAAUGAUAUCUUUAAACAAGAUCAUUUUGUAGAAAAUACGGUCAAAGCCGCAAUAGUGUUAAUUUGAAAAAAAAAUCAAAAUUUAUAACCAUGUAUAAAUCUCAAUUGAACAAACCUCUCGUACGGUGUAUACGGUGUAGUGAAGCAAAAUAUAUUCAGUUUUGUUCAAUAAUGUUCUAAUAGAUGUUCCAUACAGAUCGUGACGCAACAAGUAGUCGUAAUAGUCUUCUAUAAUACAGGUAAGUAUUUAAUCCAAAACAGGUAUAAAAUAUAGAUUAUGUGUUUUGAAUUCCCGCAAAUUAUAAGAGAUUCGUUCAAUGUGAAUGUUGCGCUUGAGCUGUAUGCCAUUGUGUUAAAAACAAACAUAAAUGGUUAAUAAGUCUAUGAAAACUAUGGUCAGCAUGAACAAACACACACAAUGUUAGAAUUUAUAUUGUUUCCCACAGCAAAUUGUAUUGCCAAUGUCAUGGUUUUAUUUGAAAUGACCUAGCCAAAAUUGUAUGAACAAUUCACACGCUCGAUUUGUGCACAGUGAGCAGUCUCCUGGAUCAAAUUAAUAAUAACAAUUAUUGUUACUAUUUUUUUUGUAGCCAACGAUUUAAAUUACAAAAACCAAAAUAUUUUUUUUUUCAAAUAUCUAUCUAAAAGGUCUUAUCGUAUCUUUAAUAUAGAUUAUGCUAUUGUGUUUCAAAAUGAUGUUACAAAUGGUACAAUUUACAAUGUUUUCCCUUAGUAUGAUUAACUUGCCAAACCGCAAUUGCUUCUCGAUUGCUGCAAAUGCAAACACUCAUGCUAUCAUCAUUACUCUUGAUUACAUUAAACGCCCUUUCACGAUGGAUGAGUUUGAAGCAUAAGUUCUUAAUGUAGUCGCAUUCUUGACGUGUGUUUUAUCAAAUCGGAACGUUUUGCAGGAGUUGUGGUAUAUUUUAUAGCAGCGCUUAAAGCUUAUGCUAAGAGCAGCCAAAACGAAACUUUACUGUUGCAAACGAACGCCGGUAGACGGGAUGAAGGCACAAUAAAAUGUGAUAAUAAGAGUAAAUGAAUGAGUGAGUGCGUGAGCUCGCAUGGGAAAAAGAGGAAGAGGCACAAUUCCAUCUGAUCUACUGCUUCCAGACCGGCUAGCGGCCAGCCAGCCAAGUCAGCUAGCCAGCCAGCCAUGCAAGAUAUGGAAGAUGGAGCAGAUCGUUGAAAACGGUGCGUAAAAUGGAUAACGAAAAAACACUUAAAAGCUCUGCAAAAUGUGAGCAUGGUGAAGAAAAAGAACGAGACACCGUAAAGAAAGAAAGAAAAAAAAACACAUCCGUGGUAACAAAAAGGCCUCCAAAACAGUGAAACGUAGCAUAUUUCAUUGGCAGCUUGUUUACCGCAAAGAUAGCACGUGCUGCGUUGAUGCUGUCUGAAUACAGUUUUUGGUCAGGUGCUUAGAUUUGAAGAUCGGUCGAGCACGGUGCAAAAGGAUCAUCAUCUGCAACAGAGUGUGAAGACGCCAAACCCGGAAAACUCACGUGUACACUGCCCUUAGUUUUCUUAACUGACCGAUUCACAGGUUGCACAGCUCUUGGAUGUUUUCCGGAUCGAGUGUUUCAAACAUUGUGCGUCCUAUUUACGAAUUCACCGGCAAUGCAAUUUAUAAAUGAAGCAAAAUAUAUUCAGUUUUGUUCAAUAAUGUUCUAAUAGAUGUUCCAUACAGAUCGUGACGCAACAAGUAGUCGUAAUAGUCUUCUAUAAUACAGGUAUAAUUAAAAAUGUUCCCGAAAAAAUUAAAGCAAAGUGGAUUGCUUUAUAAGAAAGCCGCAAAGCUGGAAGAACAGCUUGAGAAAGAGUGGGCACUGCAGGAUGAUCACGCCGGACCGAGCAACCAAUCACCGGUUGUGCAAUCUGCUGAAGAUGUUGCUAUGAGUGACCCCUAUGAAGAGCCUAUGGCGUCUAUGGAAGAGGAGUAUUUGAACGAAAACGGUGACGAUGACCACCGUAUCAGCGAUGAAGGAUCCAUCCACAACGAAGAUACCGACGGCGAAGAGUAUUUGGAGGAAGAGUAUUUGGAGGGAGAGUUUUUGGAGGGAGAGUUUUUGGAGGAGGCGAGCCUGGAAAUUGAUCCAGAAAGCGCGAAGCUACGAGACUCUUUGCGAACUUGGUUGAUUCGCAAUAAAGUUGCUCGUAGCGGAAGCAAUAGUUUACUUGCAAUACUGCGAAAAGCGUCUUCUCUUUCUGCUUUUUCAUCUCUUCCGCAGGAUGUUAGGACAUUACUGAAAGCUCCGGUGAACGUCAGCCAGCAGAUAACUAAGGUUCCAGGUGGAGGUGAAAUGUGGUAUCAAGGCGUUGAAUGUUGUUUUCAGCAUUAUUUCCGUGGCGUGGACGUAUCAGAAGAUGAAUUUGAGCUGAAUCUUUCAGUGGAUGGAAUACCCAUUUAUAACCGCAGCGCUAUACAGAUGUGGCCUAUACUGAUGCAGUUGCACAAUAUGCCAAAUGUUCCGCUUAUAAUGGUAGGGAUAUUUUGCGGCACUUCAAAACCAUGCUAUGUUGAGCCUUUCCUGAGACCUUUAGUGGAGGAACUUAAUAGGCUACAUCAGAGGUUUGCUACUACAACGGAGUACACGGGUGCUUAAAGUGUAAAUGCUGUGAAACUUCCCUUCUUCUUCUUCUUCUUUGGCACAACAACCGCGGUCGGUCAAGGCCUUCCAGUACCCACUAAUGAAGUGAG